UUAAGAAUGGAUAGGUUUGAUCUUCUUGCAGUCCAUGGGACUCUCAAGAGUCUCCUCCAUUUAGGUCCAUUAAUUUCAAUAAGGAUACUCUCACUAGAACUUAAGAAGCAUAAAGAUCCCUGUGGUACCUGGCCAAAUCUAAUCCAGCACCAUUGUUCUCAGUGGCCAACCAGAUGCCCAUGAGAAGCCUACAAGCAGAACAAAGGCACAAUAGCAGCUCUACCCUCCUGCAGCUUCAGUAACUAAUUCAGAAGUGUUACUGUCUCUGAGCAUGGAGACACAGCAUCGCCAUCCCGGCUAGUAGCUAUUGAUAGCCUUAUCCUCCAUGAAUUUGUCUCAUCCUCUUUUUGAGCCAUCCAAGUUUUUCACCAUCACUAUAUCAUGAGGGAGCGACUCUGCAAUGCUGGAUACAAGCUACUGAUUUCAGUGGUCCAAUGCCCCAUAUUACGUGUCCAGCUGUUUCUCAUAUCAAGCAAGCUGUUUCGUCGGGUUAGGACACCUCUUUUAAAAAGUUAAGAACCAAAGUUCAAUCAGUUCAUGGAUCAGUGGAACUGGAAUAUGAGCAGACAUUUCAGGUGGACUUUCUCCCCUCCAAGCUUUUUAAUGACCAACCCCCAAUAAGACGAGAGAGAGAGGGGAAGAACGGAAGAAUUAAGAACUUUGCAGAUCUGAAGUUGAAAAAUUCAGCUCAGCUCUUUAUACACGCAGUACAGCAGACUGCAAUCCGAAAAGCACAGGGAAAUAUCAAAACAAAAACAGAUCAAUAUCUUAAGAGGAAACAUGAACAUUGAAGAAUAUUUCACAAGGAUUAGCUACAAAGGCUCUCUCGAAAAACUGGAUUUUGGAACCUUAGCGGCGAUCUUCCAGCACCACAUACGAGCUGUGCCCUUUGAAAACCUCAGCAUCCACUGCGGGGAGACGAUUACUCUAGACUUAGAUCAUGUUUACAACAAGAUUGUGAAGGAAAAACGAGGGGGUUGGUGCAUGGAGAACAACCAGCUCUUGUCUUGGGUUCUGAAAAAGCUGGGAUAUAACACCACCAUACUGGGAGCUUAUGUUUACAACCCACAGCAAAACACCUAUGCCACUCAGAUGACCCAUCUCAUCAUCAAGGUGGUCAUUGACGAGAGGGCCUACAUUGUUGAUGCAGGCUUUGGUGUCUCCUACCAAAUGUGGCAACCGUUGGAGCUGGUGUCCGGCAAAGACCAGCCACAAAUGCCUGGGAUCUUUCGUUUCACAGAAGACAACGGUAUUUGGUACUAUGAGAAAAUAAGAAGGAAGCAAUACAUUCCCAGUCAAACCUUUGCCAACUCAGAUCUCUUGGAAAAAAGGGAGCGCAGGAGUAUCUACCUGUUCAGCCUUGAGCCAAGGACGGUAGAAGACUUUCGGUUCCAGUGCUCCUAUCUCCAAACAUCCCCAGAUUCCGUGUUUACCAAGAAAUCUAUCUGCAGCCUCCAGACAAAUGAUGGGUUUAGGGCUUUGAUUGGAUGGACACUCGUGGAGACAAAAUUUAACCACACGGAAGGCACAGAUCUGGUGAAGCACACAACUCUGAGCGAUGACGAGGUGGAGAAAACACUGAGAGAGAAAUUUGGUAUAACUCUGGAGAACAAGCUUGUUCCUAUUAACAUCAAAGCGACGUAUACCAUCUAGUGUAGAAAACAAAACACGGCACAAUGCUAUGCAAUUGCAACAAGCUUUACCAUCUUCUUAAAUCCAUCAUUCUGUAAAUUGCAGUUAUGAUUAAAACCUGUCCAUAAGCUGUAAGCACCCCAUGUUAGGCAGAAGAGGAUAAUUGUAUAUUGUGGGGGUUUUUUCACCAGCACUGACAACCCUGUAGAUGCAAACCAGUGACUGCAAAGUACUUAACAUGUCUUGGAUAAUGAAUUUUGAAACGAUUUAAGCACUUCAAAAUGGAGGAAUCUGCAUUUCACAUUUUAUUAAGUUACAUGGAUCUGAAUUCAAAGCAGGACUUGCUCCGAUAUGUACCCAGAACUAAUGUGUGAACGAGGGAUACUCCAGUCAUUUCAAUACAGGAAGCUCGUCUAAAGGAAUGUUUUUAAGCAAACUGCCAUCCUUUAUUAACAUAAAAUGGGGCAGCCCUACAAAGGAUACACUGCAUCCAUGAAAAAAAUGACUCAUUUGGGCUUAUUAACUCUAAGGAAAUGGGAAUUUUAGAAUUCAAAUAUCUUAGCUGCCAACAAGCUAGUUCACAUUAAAAGCUACAUGACCUAAAAUGUUAGCAACAGACUGAAUUCACCCUCUCUUCUUACCCCUAGAGUCUAAUGCUGAUCAUCUUUUACGGAGCUCUGCACAGGUAUUGUGAAAGGGAAGCUUUAAUUAAAAUACUUCAUAUACUCAUCUCGGAUUUGUGAGGGCACAUACUUUUGAUGAACACAAUGUUUAAUAUAGUGAGCAGGCGGUGAAAAUCCUAUGUGAAGCCUUAAUCUGAAAAAUAUGGAUAUUGAUAUAAUUUUAAUUACACGAACUAAUAUUGACAGAGGCUUUUUCUCCAGUCUCCAUUUAUUUCUGUUCAUAUAUACACUGGUAACACUUGUGAGAGUUAUAUUUAAGUCACCAGCGCUAAUGAAGUCUUGGUCUGUGUAGUUCCCCCACCCGCUUUACGGAUCUGCUAUUACGGUACAUGGCUUAAAAUCCCUCCAAGCCAAUCAAAAAAUCCUUCAGCUUCAUAUCUCUAUAGACUAUUUUGUAUGUGGCUUACUGCACAGCAUGUUCUUAUUGGAGAAAUGGCUUUCUGGUCCUUAUGAAGCUGUCCAUGUUUUGGGGGAAUCCACCCACCCAUUUGGAAUGUUGGACUUAAAAAAAAACAACAACAAGAGCUUCUGCAACAAAAAUUAAAUUCCAUAGAAGACAAAGAGAGAAAUGUGCUUCAAAUGUUUAAUUCUGAUUUUACAACUCCACGGGGUUGAGGAGAACUGCGAAAUGCCUGGAGGAUCAGGCCUGCUUCUACUGUUUAUUCAUUUCCACUAUUUAAGUGAAUACAAGUGGGUGAAAGUCCCAGUAAAAUUUUACUUAGCAAGACGGGAUAUAUACCACCUUUAUCUUUAAAGGAGUUCAAGGUGGUACACAAGGUUCUCCUCCUCCCCAUUUUAUCCUUACAACAACCCUGUGAGGUUGGUUAGGCUGAGACAUGGUGACUGGUCCAAGGUCACCCAGUGAGCUUCAUGGCUGAGCGGGGAUUCAAACCCUGCUCUCUAGUUCAACACACUAACCAUUGCACCAUACUGGAUCGCAGUUUUAGAUACUUUGGGGCUAUUUUAGGAGAUGGGACGUGUUAGACUGCCCUUUUAAGCAUAUCAAUAUUUUCAGCUUUUGUUUUGGCUUUAUACUGGCUUUAAUUCUUGCAUUAAAAUU